GUAGUCCUCCAGUUUGGUAAAUGAGUGAGCCGGUUUAUCGACCCGUGUUUAAAUAGACCUCUUGGACCCUGUCCUCCUGCAGUAGUGCAGUGGGUCCGCCAGCAGCGUUAGGACCGAGACCUCCAGCCAACCACCGUCUGCCCUCCGACCAUGCAGCCCGUCCUCCUCACUCUGGUCCUGGCCGCGGUGCUCCUACACGUCCCGCUGGUUUCCCCCGCGGCGCUGCGGGAGAAGGCAGCGGCCGAGCGGCGUGGGUCCGGCCGGGGGAAGAGAGCCGAGAGUUAUGUCGCUACGAGGCGGUUCCCCCUCAAGCUGACCCGCAGGAGAAGCGUCCAUCGCAACGAUAUGGGACAAGAGACGACCAACUUUGUGUCAAUAUUUGAUUUGAGGCGCAAACAGAUUUUAUGUGAGGAACAUUACAGAGAUCAACAGAACCCGACUCAGGAUGGAGCCGGGGUGGCGUGUCUGCUCGGGGACCUCUGGUUCGUCCUCGGGUCCCGGAGCGGCCCGGCCUGGAGAACCAAUCAGGUAUCACCUUCACUCUCCUCUUCCCCGCGGAGGAAUCUCCCAGUGCGCCACCUGCUGAGUAGACGGAGGCGGGCCGACCGGGUGAACCCCUCCGUCCCGCUGAGGUCCGACCGGGUGAACCCCUCCGACCCGCUGCGGUCCGAGUCCCAUCCUGGGAACCCGGCCCACGGGCCCCAGGACCCGGAGGUUUCGGAGCAGGACCAGGCGGGCGCCGUGUCCAAGGAGACCAUCACCUCCUGCGACGACCCCCUCAAGGUGUUGCAUUCCGUCCGCCCGAUCAGUCCCAUCAAGACCAGCAUCGCGGAGCGGGCCGACCACGACUAGGCCUGGACCAGGAUUAGGCCUGGACCAGGACGAGGUCUAGACCGACCGACCGACCGACCAGACUGACGCUGAAACACCCUGACGUGUUGAGGCGUUUCAUGGACUGACAGAUCAACUCAACGCUCAAUGCGUUGGUCUUUGGAACGGGGAACAUCUAAACAUCAAACCGGUGUCAUAACCAGAGUGAUCCGACCAAAGAUCUGAACCGAACCGGUCCGAACCUGUUCAGACGGCCCGUCGCGCUCCUUCUCGGAUUCCCGUGGAUUCAUGCCCCAUAUAAAGAUUGAAGCACUUUGAAAUGUUUGAUAGGAACCAUGGAGUCAGAGAGAGUUUAAUAAUGGAGGGUUGAGUCACUAAUUAUGGAGAACGUGGUUCCUGAUCCUGACGUCCUCAUGGGGUCCGUCCUAAUGGUCCCCAUGGGUCUAGGAGCUGCUCCUGAAGGCCCAGGGUGACUCUGCAAAACAGUGUUUUAACCUCAUGUCCUUUCACCUACAAAGUUAAAUGUUAACUGAGUCAGCAUCCAGUAGGCUACCUGGCACUGCGUUUUAGAAAUAUGUAAACGGUUAGAAAUUACGCAAAUGUUUAAUCACGGAUGCUAAAUUGUUUUUUUGUUGUGUUUUAUUUGCCUGAAAUGGAAAGUCUUUAUUUGUGCAAUUACAAGACGGACUACUGGUUAUGUUGACCUCGACUUGGCUCUAGAUUGGUUUGGUAAUUUGCAAAACUCCAGACCCCAUGGGGUUUGAAUGUAGAAAAAAUGAAAAAUGAAGGAUGAUGGAUUGAUAAUUUCUCACUAUUUAUUAGAAAUAUAAAAGGUUUGCCAGCCUCAUAGUUACAUAUUGCAUUGGGAGGUUAAAAUAUCAAACAUGUAAAUAAGACUUAAAGCUCAAGCAUGUAAGAGGGGAUCAUUAUGAAGCCGUUGAUGACUUGUGAUUGUUUAUUGGUUAGUUAAACCCAUUAAAACCAACACAGAGUUGUACAUUUUAGCCAGACAACUCUGUGUUUGUUUGGACUGAGAUGAUUCAGGCUUUGGGCGUCUGGACUCAAAAAGAGUUGACCACGAGUUCUGGUCCCAGUUACCUGCGGCAAGGUGCCCGUCAUCUUGGAGACAGAGACAGAGAGCUACACAGUAGGCUACUAUAGUAUUUAUUAAAAAUAUAUUUGAAUCUGAUGUU